GCGCGGCGCCCGGGCGGCUGGGAAUGGGGAGGGACGGCCGGGACCGGUGAGGGUCGAGGCGGGGCCACGGGGGCUGGCAGAGGAUGGCGCAGAAUCACCGGAGGCGGGCGAGGGGAUCGGAGAGGGUCUGUGCUGGGUUCGGGUCCAACCAAAUAAAGAUAACGGGAAGACAAGGCGGGAGGGACACCUGCCGUUCACGUCGGGGAGCCUGUGGGCCCCGUGAGGUCGGGGAAACUGAGGUUCAGGGGCAGGAUCGGAAGCCGGUUUGACUUACACGCGGGGGUCGCUUAACUGCUGUGGUCUUAACAGAUGGUUGUGGAAGCCUUGUCCGCGCGGCCCUCUCUGGGCACUGGCGAGGCUUCCUCCGGUAGAGCCCCUGGCCUGUAGGAAGUCACUCGCUAGUGGGGGAAGGGGUGGAUGAUUGCUCGCAGGAUUGCCUGGCAGAUACCCAUACUACUAGUACAAAAGGUGUGCCAGGGUCUGUUAAAUGCCGGAACCCCAACUGUGAACAGGUCCACUCCCACCCAUACUACGUGUGCAGGAUGCACACAAUACAUAGACGGAGGGUGAUCAUAUGCCGUCAUGGUUAGAGUGACCUUUUGGGAUGCCUGUCCUGUGCCAGGACUGAGCUGGGACUGGAGACUUAAGGGUGAAUGAGACCCACGCUGACCCAGCAGGGCCCACAGCCUGCUGGGGGAGCAAACAGACAAUUACAGAAUAGGGUUCAGGCAUUUCACACAUUACUAUGUGUCACCUUUUAUUAUUUUAAUUAUUUCUCAUGUUUUUGUAACUUUCCAAAGGAAAGGCCCUGCCCUUUUCUUUUGCAAUGACCCCUCCCCUUACCAGUUAGCCCAUUGCUUUAUUAGGGGGAAUCACUGUUAUGGGAUUAAUUGACUCCAGAGCAGGGGCCACAGUGUUACAUUUCUUGUGUCCCACAGGGUACCCUGCGCAGGGCUGGGGAUAUUCCAGGCCCUCUGGGCUGUUAGUGAAAGUGAGGCAUGCGGUAACCUUGUAGUAAUUGUUCCAGUUUGGGGAAAAAAAAACCCAAAUGGUAUGGGUACUCCUUAGAUUUCUAAAGGAGGGUCAUCUGCCUGAGACAGCACUCAAAGAGUGUUUCCUGGGGGAGGUCGAAUCUAAGCUAGACCUGAGGGAGAGCAGAGGAGGUACAGGCCUGAAAGGGAGAGGGAGGUAGGCAGGUAUGUUGGGGCCAGGGAAGAACAGUCCUUGAGCCACUUUUUGGAUUCAGAGUGAGGAAUGACAGGAGAUGAGGCCAACAUGGUCAUCUAAUUAUUAAGCCCACACUAAUAAAGGGGAUUGCAGUCAGUUAUCCAAAAUAAUAGCUGUCUUAGAGAUCACUUAGUUUAAAGGCAAGCUUACCUGACUUACGGCAAGAAUAAGGGAAUCAUAGUUAUGUCAAGACUGAACAGACUGAGAGGACAGUUUCUCUACAUCAGCAGAACCUGAGUCCCCAAGCAGGGACUCUAGGAGGGCUUGGUUAGAAGGUUUGAGUUGUAUUUGGCUCCCCUACUGCUUCAAGUAGGUGUCUCCAAACAGGACAUUCGUGAGCAAAUUUGGGACCACAUGGAAUCACAAAAUUUAGCUGACUUUCCCCGACCUGUUCAUCACAGGAUUCCCAACUUUAAGGGGUCUUAUCUGGCCUGCCAAAACAUCAAAGACCUAGACGUUUUUGCCAGAACACAGGAAGUUAAAGUGGACCCUGAUAAACCACUGGAAGGCGUUCGGCUGCUGGCGCUGCAGAGCAAUAAAACAUUGUUGGUUCCAACACCACGACUGAGAACGGGGUUGUUUAAUAAGAUCACACCACCCCCUGGGGCAACUAAAGACAUCUUGAGAAAAUGUGCCACCUCUCAGGGUGUGAGGAACUACAGUGUCCCCAUUGGCUUGGAUUCCAGGGUCCUUGUGGAUUUAGUUGUGGUGGGAUCCGUCGCCGUUUCUGAAAAAGGCUGGAGAAUCGGGAAGGGAGAAGGCUACGCUGAUCUGGAAUAUGCCAUGAUGGUAUCCAUAGGUGCCGUCAGCAAGGAGACGCCGGUGGUCACCAUCGUCCACGACUGCCAGGUCAUGGACAUCCCUGAAGAGCUCCUUGAGGAGCACGACAUCGCCGUUGACUACAUCCUCACUCCAACCAGAGUCAUCACCACAGGCUGUGAGCGCCCACAGCCAAUGGGAAUCACCUGGUCCAAGAUCAGCCGGGAGAUGAUGGAGAAAAUCCCAGUAUUGAGGAGCCUCCGCGCCCGAGAGCAGCAGGCUGGGAAGGACGUCACCCUCCAGGGUGAGCACCAGCACCUUCCGGAACCAGGCCGCCAGCAGGCAGUGCCCCUGAGUGCUGGCAGAAGGCCCCCGGACACACCCGGGCCAGAAGCCAAUUCCAUGGAGGCAGCCCGUGGCUCCCCAGCAGGGGAGGGUGCCCCGCUUGCAGCCGACGUUUAUGUUGGGAACCUCCCCCGGGACGCCCGUGUGAGUGACCUGAAGAGAGCCCUGCGUGAACUCGGCUCCGUGCCCCUGCGGCUCACCUGGCAGGGCCCACAGCGCAGAGCCUUCCUCCGUUACCCAGACUCAGCCGCAGCCCAGCAGGCCGUCUCCUGCUUGCAGGGCCUGCGCCUGGGCACCGACACCCUGAGGGUGGCGCUGGCCAGGCAGCAGAGGGACAAGUGACCUUGUGGAGAGCCACAGAGCUCACUGCAGACUCACCAUCCCCAUCCCCUGCUGCUCCGGUUCCCAUGGCACUCGAGAGGCCUGUGUGGCAAGACGUGGCAGAGCCACUGCGUGAGCUGCUCGGGUCUCGGUUCUUUCCAGAAGUCACCACUCAGUGAACGCCCAGGGCCUCCUGUGAGUGGGGAAGCGAGCCCACAGUCCAUCUCACAGCACACGCAGACUUCAGCCUCCCGUUCGUGCAGGCUCAGGCCUUGAGCCAGUUUGUGUUUCUCUGGAGGGACAGAGCAGAGGGGCCGGGGACUGAGUGAGUGGCGAAGCAGGGGUGGGUGAUGUGAAGAUGAUCUCGGGUUUGCCAGGGGUGGGCUGAACGGGAGAAGAUGGACAAAGGAUCCGGCUCUCAAGAGGCCCUGGCCGGGACUGCAUGCCGGGUACAGAGAGCGCCCUUGGACUUUAGGGUCCUGAGCUGGCAGCAUGGCAGAGAGAGCUCCAUCCACGUCACAGGAGCCCAGGGAGCUCAGCCCCUGGAUAAAAAGUGCUCACUGCAGCUCAGAUCAGUCCUCAGGUCACACUUUGGGGAGCCAGCAUCCCUUCUUCCCCUCCCCAGCCCACUCCUCCCUCUGCGGACACACACUCCGGGCCCUCAGCCAGCUGGCUGCACGGGGAGCAACUUGGUGUUGUGGGAGAGACCGGCUCUGGGAGAACGGGUUUCAUCCCAGCCUACGUCACAUUUGCCCAGUGCCUUACGUUUUCUGGUUUUUUCCCUCCAGUUCUGUUUCUAAAAACCAGCUGGAGUUUGGCUGAACUGUCCUUUCUCAACA